CAGACACGGGGACGACUCGCGACUUCGGUGUCCAGCAGCCUGUAACGCGACCGCCCAUUGGCUCAGCUUAGUACCGCUUGGCCGUGGAGCUUCCAAAGGCUUUAAGGAUUGGCUGGAGCUCCAAGCGCCGCGGCCAGUUGGCGGGCCCCCGCCCCCACCCCGAGCUCAGUCUCUCAAAAAUUGAAUUUGGGGCAGGAGGGGCGCGCUGGAGCGCGGCUGUCCUCGGAGCCUGCGGCCGCGGCGAGCGCUCCAAGCUUCGCAGACGCUCGGAGAUCAUGGAGGAUGCGACUAGGGCCUUGGGGAAAGGAACCCUCCCCCCGGGGCCGGUCCCAGAGGGCCUGAUCCGCGUCUACAGCAUGAGGUUCUGCCCCUACGCGCACAGGACGCGCCUUGUCCUCCGGGCCAAAGGCAUCAGACAUGAAGUUAUCAACAUUAACCUGAGAAACAAGCCUGAGUGGUACUAUACAAAGCACCCUUUUGGCCAAAUUCCUGUCCUGGAGAACAGUAAAUGUCAGUUGAUCUAUGAAUCUGUCAUCGCUUGUGAAUACCUGGAUGAUGCUUAUCCUGGAAGAAAGCUGUAUCCAUAUGACCCUUAUGAGCGGGCUCGCCAAAAGAUGUUACUGGAGUUAUUCUAUAAGGUCCCACAUUUGACCAAGGAGUGCCUGGUAGCAUUGAGAUGUGGGAGAAAAUGCGCUGAUCUGAAGCUAGCCCUGCGUCAGGAAUUCUGCAACCUUGAAGAGAUUCUUGGCUAUCAGAACACCAUCUUCUUUGGUGGAGACUGUAUUUCCAUGAUUGAUUACCUCUUUUGGCCCUGGUUUGAGCGGCUGGAUGUAUAUGGAAUCGCCGACUGUUUGAACCACACACCAGCACUUCGGCUCUGGACAGCGGCCAUGAAGCAGGACCCCACAGUGUGUGCUCUUCUCAUAGAUAAGAACAUUUUCUUGGGCUUCUUGAAUCUUUAUUUUCAGAACAACCCUGAUGCCUUUGACUAUGGGCUAACUUGCUGAGCCUCAGUCCACUCCUUCACCAUCCAGAAUUCCCAAGCAUGUCGUGACUCUGCAUCAGGAAUUGUUUUGGUGGGUCUGACAAUCUCUGUUCGUUUUCUUUGAGGUUCCCAAUAAACGUGGAGACAGAAAAUGUAUUCUUUCUGAUAA